ACGGUUUGCAUGUACGGGACACGAAGGGCUGUGCUGCAUGUGCUUACAUGUACCCAAUGCCAGCAUGUUGAUGGCUUGCUUUGCUUGCUGAUUUUUUUUCUUUUUUUUAGCUCUGAAUGUAGGGCAUACAGGGUCAGGCUGCUGUAGCUAGUGCAUGUUUUCGUGGCACAGCUUUGCAUAAUUCUUCAACAAUAAAACUGCUUCGCAGGUACAAGGCGUGGCUGGAGUUUUGCAACCUGGAGGCGGAUACGAGUCUAAUUUCCAUUCGCUCUAAGGUCCUGUGCUCCGAGCGCUUCGCACCAGUUGCUUAUUUGCGCACAGGAAGGCUUCGGUGGGAUGCAGUUCCUACAUUGAAGCGCACACUGCAUGGCGUUGGAGGAAGUAGUGCCUACGCCAAUCAGAGCAGACUUGAAAGCAGUGGGCCUUCAACGGAGGAACGUGUGCAAGCUGUGGUAGCCUGCGAUGACGACAGUACAUGAGCAAUACACCUUCACCAGAUGAGUCAUCCUUGCCAUGCUGAAGAGUGUGGCACUGAAGAAAGUCAGCAACAGCGUGAUCUGUCUCAUCAGGACCAUAGCUACGCACAACACGCACCAGCCUUGUCAACACAGAGCACUGUUGUCUCCCCACUAGCUGCAGUUGUCACUCCUCUGCCAGGAACGUCGUCUGGUGUACUGCGUGCAGUCUCGUCACCUCAGCACUUAGGAGGUGGAAGUGGCUGGCAUCCCCCCAAAGAUUGCCCAUCGUCCAGUAGUCUGGCAGCUCCAGCACAGCCAACAAAAGGCAAGCUGGAUAACCUCCGCAAGAAAGUGCACCAGUUGCAAGCCCGCAACAAGCCCGUGACCUGAUGGAGCAUGUGAGGUGUCACGUCUCUGGAACUGUCGCAGACUUCAUUGAGGCACAGAUAAAGAUGGGAGGUGUGUGCAAAUUUGGGCGCCGUUGGUCACCACCAAACAAGACAUUCGAACUGAACUUGUACUUUCACAGCCCCCGUGGUUACAGGUACUGCCGAAAGCUGUUCCACUUGCCGUCAGUGAGGUCACUACAGCUGUGGAUGAAACGUAUCCCACUACGACCUGGAUUUUCAGAUGAAGUCUUUGAUGUUGUGAAGCGAAAGGUAACAAACUUCUCUGAAAUGGACAAGCUCUGUGUGAUAAUCUUCGACGAGAUGCACAUCGAGAGGGAACUCCACUACAAUGCAACAGAAGACUGUUUUGAAGGAUUUCCGAGCUGUGGCAACUAUGCUCACUCCGAGUUGGCAAACAAAGCACUUCUCUUCAUGGCUAGAGGCAUUUGUACCCCAUGGAAGCAGGUCUUAGGCUACUUCUUCACUCACAGAGCAGCAUCUGCUUCAGACUUGGAAGAGAAACUGCUUGAAUGCUACCACCGCCUCCUGAGUGCAGGA